AUGGACCGGAAGGUGGCCCGAGAAUUCCGGCAUAAGGUAGAUUUUCUAAUUGAAAAUGAUGCAGAGAAGGACUAUCUCUAUGAUGUGCUGCGAAUGUACCACCAGACCAUGGAUGUCACUGUGCUUGUUGGAGACCUGAAGCUGGUCAUCAAUGAGCCCAACCGCCUGCCACUGUUUGAUGCCAUCCGGCCACUGAUCCCAUUGAAGCAUCAGGUGGAAUAUGACCAGCUGACCCCUCGGCGUUCCAGGAAGCUGAAGGAGGUGCGUCUAGACCGUCUGCACCCCGAAGGCCUUGGCCUCAGCGUGCGUGGGGGCCUCGAAUUUGGCUGUGGGCUUUUCAUCUCCCAUCUCAUCAAAGGAGGUCAGGCAGACAGCGUUGGUCUCCAGGUGGGGGAUGAGAUUGUCCGGAUCAAUGGAUAUUCCAUCUCCUCCUGCACCCACGAGGAGGUCAUCAAUCUGAUAAGAACCAAGAAGACUGUGUCCAUCAAAGUGAGACACAUCGGCCUGAUCCCUGUGAAGAGCUCUCCUGAGGAGCCCCUCAAAUGGCUGUAUGUGGAUCAGUUUGUGUCAGAAUCUGGGGGCAGUCGAGGCAGCCUGGGUUCUCCUGGGACACGGGCACACAAGGAGAAAAAAGUCUUCAUCAGCCUGGUGGGCUCACGGGGCCUUGGCUGCAGCAUUUCCAGUGGUCCAGUCCAGAAACCGGGCAUCUUCAUCAGCCAUGUGAAGCCUGGCUCCCUGUCUGCAGAGGUGGGGUUGGAGACAGGAGACCAGAUCGUUGAAGUUAAUGGCAUCGACUUCUGUAACUUGGACCACAAGGAGGCUGUGAACGUGCUGAAGAGUAGCCGCAGUCUGACCAUCUCCAUUGUAGCUGGAGCUGGCCGGGAGCUGUUCUUGACUGACCGCGAGAGGCUGGCAGAGGCAAGGCAGCGCGAGCUGCAGCGGCAGGAGCUCCUGAUGCAGAAGCGGCUGGCCAUGGAGUCCAACAAAAUCCUCCAGGAGCAGCAGGAGAUGGAGCGCCAGAGGAGAAAGGAAAUUGCCCAGAAGGCAGCAGAGGAAAAUGAGAGAUACCGGAAGGAGAUGGAACAGAUCGUGGAAGAGGAAGAGAAGUUUAAGAAGCAGUGGGAAGAAGAUUGGGGCUCCAAGGAACAGCUCCUCUUGCCUAAAACCAUCACUGCCGAGGUGCACCCAGUACCCCUUCGCAAGCCAAAGUAUGAUCAGGGAGUAGAGCCUGAGCUCGAGUCUGCGGACGACCUGGAUGGAGGCACAGAGGAGCAGGGAGAGCAGGAUUUCCGGAAAUAUGAGGAAGGCUUUGACCCCUACUCCAUGUUCACCCCAGAGCAGAUCCUAGGGAAGGACGUCCGGCUCCUGCGCAUCAAGAAGGAGGGAUCCUUAGACCUGGCCCUGGAAGGCGGCGUGGACUCCCCCGUCGGGAAGGUGGUUGUCUCGGCUGUGUAUGAGGGGGGAGCUGCUGAGCGACAUGGUGGCAUUGUGAAAGGAGAUGAGAUCAUGGCGAUCAACGGCAAGAUCGUGACAGACUACACCCUGGCUGAGGCAGAGGCCACCCUGCAGAAGGCCUGGAAUCAGGGCGGGGACUGGAUCGACCUUGUUGUUGCCGUCUGUCCCCCCAAGGAAUACGACGAUGAGCUGACUUUCUUCUGAAGUCCAGAGAGAGAAAACAAAUUCAUCCCUAGAAGACAGUGAGCKCUGGACUCAACCCCUGAACAUAAAGCCGGCAACCAGUCUUGAGAGACCUGCGGCAUGUACCUGAAGACAUUCCCAAACUUGUCACCAGUACCCAGGAACUCCAAAUCCCUUUGACCUGGAACUAGGCUUGGCCAAGGAACACUCCUAAAAGCCAACAUGGAGGGGAGGGAGUAUUCAGGAGGAGGCCUCAGGGCCCUCUUUUCUGUUCCCACCUUGGAACGUUUAGUCUCUCCCAGCUCUGGGGGWGCCUCACUCCAGCCCUAAUCAGACCCGAUUCCUCAGUCUCUUCUCUCCACCAUCCCUCUCUUCUCUCUUUUGCUGUAAUUGCUUCUAGGAUUGUUACUGCAAAUCUUACU